AAUAGAAAAGUCAUGCCUCAGCUGUUUUAAUGAGCUGAGACUUAUCUCAUAGAUCCUUUCCCUUCUAGUUAAUUUUUCCACUAUUAGUCCUCUUUGCUAAAGCCUGGAGAUUUGCUAAUUACAACAAGAGAUUUUGCCAUUUAUCAACUCAAGCUUUUCAUUGCCACCAAACUCUAAGGUCAACACAUGGAGAAGAACCCAAGCCCUUGUUAGUUCUGUACUUUGAGAGUAGCAAACCUUAGAGAGCAUAACACAGUAGUUGGAGGACAAAUCAGACCAUCUCCAUCACCUAAUCAGCACCAUUUGUGAACCUAAAAGAAAAGGCAAGAAUGGUAGAUGCCGCUGUGUCUUUCUGUUUGGAAAGAAUUGCUGAUUUUCUCUUAGACGAAACUCAAUCCCUAAUCAACGUCCACGAAAAUGUCGAAGAGAUGAAGACUGAACUAGAAUUACUGCAGGCCUUCUUGAAGGACGCAGAAGCAAAAGAAGAUUAUGAUGAAAGAGUACGGCUAUGUAAUUCAAUGAUUAAAGAUGUUGUUUGUGAUGCUGAGGACUGUAUCGAGACUUUUGCAUUGGAGAGACAAUCAACGAUUGGCGGUAACAUCAAUCCAAUAUUGCGGUACAAGCUCAAAUCAGAUGUGGACGCACUCACUUUACGGAUUUCCAAGUUGAAAAAGAACUUAGAAAAUUACGGGGUAAACAAUUUAGUCGGGAUGGUGAAAUCAUCUGAUCCUAAUAGAAGACAGUUGCUGAAAAGUUAUUCUCAUAUUCCCGAACUUGAUGUUGUUGGAUUGGAGAAAGACACUGAUAAUUUGGUAGAGAAAUUGGUGAGCAAUUCAAAUGAAUGCCCAGUAGUUUCCAUAUGCGGGAUGGGCGGUUUGGGAAAAACUACACUCGCAAAACAGGUAUACCAUCAUCUCUCAGUGAAAAACCACUUUACAUUCUGCAUAUGGGUAUAUGUAUCUCAAGAAUGUAAGAAACGGGAAAUUUGGGAAAAGAUUUUAUUUAAACUUACUUCUCCUGAUAAAAAGAAGAGAGAGGAGAUUGCGGAAAUGAAAGAUGAGGGGCUAGCUAAGGUGGUUUAUGGCCAACUAGGAUCGCAAAAGUGUUUGGUUGUACUUGACGACAUCUGGGAGAUUGCUGAUUGGAAAUGUCUUAGUCCUGCGUUCCCGCUGCAGACUACUGAAAGCAUGAUACUACUCACCUCUCGCAGCAAAGAACUAGCGAUAUCCGUACAUUCUAGAGGGUUCGUCUUUGAACCACAAAUUCUGGAUGAGGCUGAUAGCUGGAAACUGUUUCAGAAGAAAAUCUCAUCAGAUUUAAUUGGUGAUACGCGCAAGGAAAUGCUAGCGGAGGAUAUGGUAAGGCAGUGUAAAGGUUUGCCAUUGGCCAUAGUUGUGCUUGUAGGUAUUUUGCAGGCAAAUGACGAUUGGAACGAGGUGCACGAAAAUCUAAAAUCGCAUCUGAAGAGAAGGCAAGAUGAUAGAGGAGAACUGAUUAUUGAUGUGCUAGCUUUAAGCUAUGACUACUUGCCACGGCACUUGAAGCCAUGUUUUCUUUAUUUAGGCCUUUUCCCAUAUGACAGUGAUAUCUCCGUUGAACGAGUAAUCAAUUUAUGGGUAGCUGAAGGCAUCAUAUUAUCAUCAGUUUUAGAAGAAAAUGAAGUACUGGAGGAUGUUGCAUAUCGGUACUUGCUCGAGCUGGUGCAGAGGUACAUGGUUCAAGUGGAAAAAAGGGAUCCAACUGGAAGAAUUGGAAUUUGUCAUAUGCACGAUCUGAUGCUUGAUAUGUGUUUGUCAAAGGCUAAAGAUAAGGACUUUUUCCGAAUUAUAAAUCUCAAUUUUAGAAAUAACUCGUUCGUGACAAAUGAGGCAAUAGCACCUCACAGAAUUCGUAGAAUUGCUGUUCAUUUGAACAACUUCAACGGGAAAGUCAAUGUCCAAUAUUCUUCAUACAGGUCAAUCCUGGGUUUUUCAUUGGAUGGAGCUAGUGGCAUAAGUCAGCCAUUUAUAGAAUCCAUGGUUGAUAACUUCAAGUUGCUCAGAGUUUUCGAUCUUGAAGGGGUUCAAGGUUUUGCCAUACCCAGAAACAUAAAAAAUCUAAUCCAUUUACGGCUUCUGAAUGUUAAUUCUGCUUGGGUUGGGAGGCUUCCAUCUAUUGGCAAUUUUAGAUACUUGUUAACCCUGAAUCUGGAUCCUUAUGACUCAGCAGAGGAAAUACCUGACGUUAUUUGGAAGCUGGAAAGGUUGAGACAUUUGUAUCUUCCACGACGUUCUGGCGCUAAAACCAAAAGUCUAAGAUUGGCUAACCUGAAGGACCUGCAAACAUUAGUGAAUUUUCCUGCACCAGUUGCUAAUUUAGAGGAUCUCACCACGUUGCCUAGUCUUCGAAAAUUGGUGAUACGAAUUGCUGAUACCAUCACCCUCUCGAAACUCAAUAAAAUUUUCCAGGCACAAGGUCAAGCAAGAAACAAAUUUAUCCACCUUCGAUCCUUGUCUGUAUAUUGUUCCGGGUGGAAUGUCGAUAUGAAGCCUAUACGCUGGAAAUAUGAUCAGAUGGAUGUUAAUUUUGAGCUAGAUGGUGCCUUAGAAGAUGAAAAGCAAAUUGCAGGAUGUUGUCCUUGGCUUUGCAUAUCGAGACAAAAGAGUGAAAGUACAAGCAGCUCGAGCUCUGAAAGGCAAGACAUAAAUCAAAUCAUAUCGUGUUGCCCUCGACUGUACGUCCUGAUGAUAAAUGGGAAUAUAGUGUAUCAAAUUUGAACAUAGCAUCCAAUUUUUCUGUUGAGAAGCAUAAUAAGAGAAGCUCAAUAGCAUCACCACGUGAAGAGUGGCACCGGUUCAACCUUCACAUAAAAGAUAAGCUUCUAUUUGGGAGAGCAUAAUCGAGUUUGAUAUAAUUGAGUGUGAUAUAAUAAAUAAUGCAAUAUAAUAAAAACUGUAAUACAGUAAUCAUUGCAUUGAAAUUGAUUAUGUUUGAUAGAGGAUGAUUGUGUGUGAUGUAAUUAAUUAUGCAAUGCAAAGUAAUCUUUUUAUUACAAUAUAUAAUAUGAUUAUUAGUAAUAUUUAAAAUAAUAAUGUUGAAAGGAUAGAUCUUUAACAUAGCGAAAUCCUUCUGUCAAGACAGAAAAUAGCCUCAAAGAAUUUGUACUUUUGGUAUAGAGAAGCCUCUGAUGCUUAAGUCAGUAUUAAAGAAGUACACUGAACUUAGAAAGUGAUUACUCUAAUUAGAAAGUGUAUAAAAUCAUACUUUGUUAA